UUGCAUAACAAAACAUAUGACGUAACACAUUGAUGUAACGAGAGUAAAUAGUCAGAUUUACAAUGGAAAACAUGUGACUGAAAGAUGAGUCAUUUAUAUAAUACUUAAACCAGAAUAUCAGGUUGAAGAUGACGGCAGCAGAUUGUUGGACAUAAUAUUUAAUAAAAGUUGCUUCUGAUGGGUCACAAGCUAUUUGGGCGACACAUCACAUAUUUGUGACGUUCAAAGCUUUUCCCCACCUUCUCAUCUUUAAGUUUUGAUUUCACCGAAUGAGCAGCAUAAGCAAAAGACGUAUGUAAACAAAAUAUGCAAAAUAUGCAAAAUGUGUUGCUCUUUCUUUUCACUCUAUAGUAUACACUUACUGCGACCUACUAUAGGCAUAUUGUGCAUUAUUGACGCUAUACCAACUUGUUUUUUACACUUAUCCUAUACUGUUAUCAGCACUCAGGUUUCAGCUGGCACAACACCGCUUUCGUCUCACACAAUAACUCAAGUCAGUGGGUUAGUAGUAGAAAACUGAUGGAUGAGAGGAUUAAACACCUGAGCAUUAUAAGAACAUCUGUGCACUAAAGGCUGUAUUUUACCCCAAGAUCGUGAUUCUACAUUGAGACCAUGGCCACAUCUUUAAAACUUGUCACAUGGAACACUUGUGGAGUUAGAGAAACGGCUGAAGUUCCUGAGAAACGUAAAAAGAUUCUAGAAACACUAACGAAACUUCAAUCAUCUGUUGCAUUUAUUCAGGAGACACAUAUUGGUGUCAAUAAUGUUGACUGUGUUGACAAAAUUUCAGGUUGGGAAUCAUUUUUUAGUGUUCACCAUCCACGUAGCAAAGGUGUUGCAAUACUGAUAAAGGAUAAUUUAUCAUUUGAGCUCAUAAAUUCUGACAUGGACCCGACUGGUAGCUACAUUGUACUUAUCUGCAAAUUACUUGGGAAGUGCUUCACUCUGGUUAACGUAUACAAUCAUGUAAAAGAACACAAAGUCCUACAGCGUCUAUCUGAAUAUCUUUGUCAGAUUGCCCAAGGUAUAUUGAUAGUUGCAGGGGAUUUCAAUACAAUUGUAAACACAGAUCUUGACAGAGAGUACCAAACCGGACAUACAGAACCACUCAGACCUUAUCUUGAAGAAUUCAUAUCUUCUUUAAUGCUUAUAGACGUCUGGGGAUGUUUACAUCCUUACACGUGUGAUUCAUUUACUAGGUAUCCAUGGAAAUCAUCCAACAAGGAAAUGGCACUCAAGAAAAAGAAAAUCCAAAAGACCAAACCAGUGAAACAGUCAAAAGAUCGUCCAAGAAAAAAAAGAACUCACAAAAGUGCAUCAAGGCUAGACAUGAUCCUUAUGCCACGUAAUACUGUGCAGUUUGUUCAGAGUUGUGAAAUAUACACAUGUAAAACUGGUUAUAUUUCAGAUCACCACCCUGUAGUUUUGAGUAUGCGUUUGCCAAAACCACACUGCACUAAACCAAUUUUUCAAGGGAUCAGGCAAAAAAGUUCUAGGAUGAAAAGGCCUUUAGAACGAAAAGCAGGUGAAAUUUGUGAAGCAGAAGUUUUGAAAGCUUUAAUGUCUCUUGUAGAAUAUGAAACACCACUUAGCGAGAAACUUGAAAAUUUCAAGAGUAACAAAGGGCAAAAAGCAAAAGAACUUAAAGCCAUUUUCAACAAAAUGACCAGAGAAGGCAUGCCAGUAGGUUUCACUGACAGUUUAGAAAAUAACGGAUGGCAUGUCUUUAGAAUAGAGUACAUGAUACUUGCCACAAUAUUUACUAGGCGACUGGAAACAUUCCUUCAGCCAUCUUUCAAAACAAAAACUAUUGAAAUUGAUUAUGAACACUUUGUUGUUAUUAGCUUUUGUGAAAAACCGCAAAAAAUCAAAGGAAACUUUUUAAAACAGGCAUUCUCAUCAGUGAAGCAGAUUCAUCCUUCACCCCCACAUGACUUCAGGAUUGUGGAAAAAAUGCUUCCAAGCACUGACGGAUAUAGACUGCUUAGAGAGGGCUGUCCUCUCACACCAACUCUCCUUACAUUGUCUCUGAAACACCUAGCCAGGACCUUAAAGGAUGUUUUGAAGAAAUCUGUUGUUGAUGUGUGUCAUCAUAGGAAAUGCAUUACUGUCUACAUGCAAGCUCAUCAAUAUCUCACCUUAAAACAAAAGAUUCGAGAAUUUCGGUCAGCAUCUGGGAUUUCUCUUUUACCAAAAGUUGGUCGUGUUUGGCGACAAAAAAGCAUCAAAAUACCCAGCGUCCAAAACCAAAUCACUGAGGGCGAAAAUAGUGAUGGUGCUCACUAAAAUGUUUGUGCUGUAUAUAUUUUCUAACUGUUAAUAGCUUAAUCUAAAGGUGCAUUUACAUUUUUUGGGAGUUCUUAGCACCCUGAAGCAACCCCAUAGAACCGAGUCUGAAAAUACACACACUGUAAAACAUUUUUUGUGCCUUAAGUUUUUAUGAAAUUGUCUUUAUAAGUCAUUUCAAUUUACUUA